GGGCAAGCGGAGCCUGACGGCUCGACCCGGGACGGCGACUCCGCCGCGCGCUGUCAGGACCGGAGCGCCGCGCCGCUCACCGUGACCCGCCGACUCCCUCUGGGUGGGCCCGCGCGCCCCCAGGCCCGACCAAGGGCGGCGUGAAGGGGAGGAUGAGCGGCGGGCGGCGGAAGGAGGAGCCGCCGCAGCCGCAGCUGGCCAACGGGGCCCUCCGAGUGUCCGUGUGGAGCAAGGUGCUGCGGAGCGACGCGGCCUGGGAGGACAAGGAUGAAUUUUUAGAUGUGAUCUACUGGUUCCGCCAGAUCAUUGCUGUGGUCCUGGGGGUCAUCUGGGGAGUGCUGCCCUUACGGGGCUUCCUGGGAAUAGCAGGAUUCUGCCUCAUCAAUGCGGGAGUCCUGUACCUCUACUUCAGCAACUACCUACAGAUUGAUGAGGAGGAGUACGGCGGCACGUGGGAGCUCACCAAGGAAGGCUUUAUGACCUCCUUUGCCCUGUUCAUGGUCUGUGAUGUUGCUGUGCUCUCCCUAGGUCAUCUGGAUCAUCUUCUACACUGCCAUCCACUAUGACUGAGGCUGCGCGACUCGCACCCGCUCCCUGCCCCAUCCAGAGGCCCCUCAGGCACAGUACAGAAGCAUAACUGUCGAGCCACCCCAGCUGCGUGGGACUUGGAAGACCCAUGUUUACUGGACAAAGAAUCCGUGUGUCGGGCGUCUCUGCUACAGGGUUGUGCCCUAAGACUUUUUAAGGAACCGUUCCCCUCUGGGAAGUAUUUCUGAGUGAGUCCUUCGCCGCCCUUCCUGCCGGAUGCUGGCACAUGGUGGCCACUGGCUGCACGCUAGGAGCUGUUGCUUUAGCUGCUGCGCCUCUGGAUCCUGACAACACAUUCAGUUGUCUUCCUCGGUCUUCUGUCAGGUGCACAGUUUUUUAAACUAUCAGUGGCAUUUCAAGUCUUCUGAAAACAGUGUGGCAAUACUUCAUGGGCCAUUGCACAGUACAGCAGCAUCUAAUAACAGUUUCCAUUAGAGAAUGUUUUCAGAUACUUGAAUAAAUCAAAUCAUUCAUUAAUUGGGAAUUUGUUGAUACUUGGUGAUGCCCUUCUCACCAUGCUGGGAGCCACCUUCCUGUUCCCCUAGCACUUCCAGCCAAGCCCCUCUUCCGAAAUGCGGCCUGGAAUCAGGCUGCUAGGAAGUGUCAUUCUGCAUUUGGCCACAAGAUGGCAAGGCUGAGGUGACUAGGGAAGGGACCAGGUUUGACCACUAAGCCACAGGAAGAAGCUGAGAGCUAAGCCAGGACUUAAGAAGGAAAGGUAAGUGGUGGCGAGGGACAGACUGCUGCUGGGGAAGUCAUCGGGCCCUUGAAUACCUGUGCCUUCCAGCCCACCACCUGGCCUGCUCGGGGUACAGGUGUGCGCAGCGCCAACAGUGGUUUCCACACUGAAAUC